GCGGUGCCCGAGGUGGAGAGUCCCCUGAGGACUUGGCCCGAGGCUCACGACGCCCUUUCCCUGCCAGCGCCCGGCAGCGAGCGGACGGCGGGCGACUCCGAAGGGUCGUUUUCUUUUUUUUUCUUAAAGAGGCUCCGGGAACCUCGGACCCUGGAGCCUUGUCAAUCCCGGAAGUGACGUCUACCAGAGGGGCCGGAAGUGGCAGUAAGAGGGAGGGAAGAUGGCGGAGGUGGUGAGUCCGGUGCCCGGGGCGGGGCGGAGGGAGCCAGGGGAGGUGGCUGGAGCCCGCGGCCCCACAGUAGCCGACCCUGGCUCCGCGCUGUCUCCCCAGGGGGAGAUCAUCGAGGGCUGCCGCCUCCCCGUGCUGCGGCGGAACCAGGACAACGAAGAUGAGUGGCCUCUGGCCGAGAUCCUGAGCGUGAAGGACAUUAGUGGCCGCAAGCUCUUCUACGUCCAUUACAUUGACUUUAACAAACGCCUGGAUGAAUGGGUGACCCACGAACGGCUGGACUUAAAGAAGAUCCAGUUCCCCAAGAAGGAGGCCAAGACGCCGACCAAGAACGGACUCCCCGGCUCCCGCCCCGGGUCUCCGGAGAGAGAGGUGCCGGCCUCGGCCCAGGCCAGCGGGAAGACCUUGCCCAUCCCGCUCCAGAUCACUCUCCGCUUCAGCCUGCCCAAGGAGCGGGAGGCCGUUGCCGGCGGUGAGCCCGACCAGCCGCUCUCCUCCAGCUCCUGCCUGCUGCCCAGCCACCGCGCAACGAAACGGAAAGUGGAGGUGGUGUCCCCAGCGACGCCGGUGCCCAGCGAGACAGCCCCAGCGUCGGUGUUUCCCCAGAAUGGGUCUGCACGGAGGGCAGUGGCUGCUCAGCCAGGGCGGAAGCGCAAGUCCAACUGCUUGGGCACGGAUGAGGACUCCCAGGACAGCUCCGACGGCAUCCCAUCCGCCCCGCGCAUGACCGGCAGCCUGGUGUCCGACCGCAGCCACGACGACAUCGUCACGCGCAUGAAGAACAUUGAGUGCAUCGAGCUGGGCCGGCACCGCCUCAAGCCCUGGUACUUCUCCCCGUACCCGCAGGAGCUCACUGCGCUGCCCGUCCUCUACCUCUGCGAGUUCUGCCUCAAGUACGGCCGCAGCCUCAAGUGUCUGCAGCGCCACUUGACCAAGUGUGACCUGCGGCAUCCCCCGGGCAAUGAGAUCUACCGCAAGGGCACCAUCUCCUUCUUCGAGAUUGAUGGGCGCAAAAACAAAAGCUACUCCCAGAACCUGUGUCUGCUGGCCAAGUGCUUCCUGGACCACAAGACGCUGUACUAUGACACAGACCCCUUUCUCUUCUACGUCAUGACCGAGUAUGACUGCAAGGGCUUCCAUAUUGUGGGCUACUUCUCCAAGGAAAAGGAGUCAACAGAAGACUACAACGUGGCCUGCAUUCUGACCCUACCUCCCUACCAGCGCCGGGGUUAUGGCAAGCUGCUGAUUGAGUUCAGCUACGAACUCUCCAAGGUGGAAGGGAAGACGGGGACGCCAGAGAAGCCCCUGUCUGACCUCGGCCUCCUCUCCUACCGGAGCUACUGGUCCCAGACCAUCCUGGAGAUCCUGAUGGGGCUCAAGUCUGAGAGCGGAGAGAGGCCGCAGAUCACCAUCAACGAGAUCAGUGAGAUCACCAGCAUCAAGAAGGAGGACGUCAUCUCCACACUGCAGUACCUCAACCUCAUCAACUACUACAAGGGCCAGUACAUCCUCACGCUGUCGGAGGACAUUGUGGAUGGGCACGAGCGGGCCAUGCUCAAGCGGCUCCUUCGCAUUGAUUCCAAGUGUCUGCACUUCACCCCCAAGGACUGGAGCAAGAGGGGCAAGUGGUGACCAGGCCCUGCCCUGGGACAUGCUAAGGACAGCGCCCGAGAGCCUGGCUGGCGACAGGGCCGCUGGGC